GUGCACAAAUUGGAGAAGCAGAAGCUCUUUUUAACCUGCCUUUUGGCUUUCUCCUCCCAGCAGCUGCUGCAUUGCCCUGCUGUCCUUUUACUGCUGCAAAAAUUAAUGGGUUGUUGCAUGCAAAAUGGUCCCCCAAAAAAGCUACAUCUUAGAGGAGUUAUGAAAGAGGGAGGGAGGGGAAAAGACAGGAUAGAAACUACCCAUUUUUGGGUGGAGGGUUCUCUUUGCAAUUUUGCCAUCCAACUCAUCUGAGUUGUUUGUUGGGUUUCUUCUUUCUUUCUUUCUUUUUUUUUUCUUUUUUUUUUUUUUUUGAUUAAGAUAGUAUAGGAGUUGUGGGGACUUGUCUAAAGAUUUGUUCUUGGUUGGAUCUGAGGUUUUAGCCUUUGGGGCUUGGAGGAGCAUUAAUGGGUUUGUUUUCUGCAAGAUUUGGGUUUUUUUUAAGUGCUUUUGUCCGGCCAUUAAAUUCUUGAGAGUGGUCCAAAAGAUUUGUUUUUUGAUAGCUUGUUUUCCAGUUGUUUAUUUGUUUUUUUUUUCUUUCUUUCUUUUUUCUGGGGCUUUUUCAAGAAGUAGAUUUUUGGGUUAUUGGCUUGAUCUUUGAUCUCUUUAGAGUUGUGGGUGUUCUGCUUUUAGGCUAAUUUGCAGUUUUGAGUCCAACAUUUGUGUGUUCUUAGUGGUGAUCAACAGGAAGCUACAGUAGGGCUCUGUGUGUGAUGUGAUUUACCUUCCUCUCCUCUUCCCAGUUUUGUAAACAAGAUGGCAUGUAUGAAAUUGGGUUCAAAAUCUGACUCCUUCCAAAGACAAGGGCAAGCUUGGUUCUGCACGACCGGGCUUCCUAGUGAUGUUACCGUUGAAGUUGGCGACAUGUCAUUCCACCUUCACAAGUUUCCUCUCCUAUCCAAGAGCGGCCUCCUCGAAAAACUAAUCGACGAGAAUUCUGAAGAAGAAGAGGCUUGCAUCAUAAAGCUGCCGGACGUUCCGGGUGGCGCGAAGUCGUUCGAGCUCGUGGCCAAGUUCUGCUACGGCGUAAAGCUAGAACUCACUGCCUCAAAUGUUGUGUACCUGCGAUGUGCGGCAGAGCAUCUUCAGAUGACCGAAGAAAUUGCCGAGGGCAACUUGAUUACGCAAGCUGAGAUUUUCCUCAACCAAGUAGUCCUCAAAAGCUGGAAAGACUCGCUACAAGCACUACAAGCUUGCGAAGAUAUCCUCCCUCACGCCGAAAAGUCGCACAUCGUUAAGAGAUGCAUCGAAUCAUUGGCUGUUAAAGCUUCUACAGAUCCAAACCUCUUCGGCUGGCCUAUGAUAGAACAUGGGCCGAUGCAAAGCCCCGGAGGGAGCGUUCUCUGGAACGGCAUAAGCACAGGGGCCCGGCCGAGAAACUGUAAUUCGGAUUGGUGGUACGAGGAUGUCUCGUCCUUAAGCUUUCCAAUAUAUAAAAGGCUAAUCACAGUAAUGGAAUCUCGGGGCACUAGAUCGGAGAUCAUCGCGGGCUCGCUCACAUCUUACGCGAAGAAGUAUCUUCCCGGAUUAAGUAGGCGCCAAAAUAUUGCAUCGGCAGCUUUGAGAGCCGCACCAACCGAAGAAGAACAGAGGCAGCUGCUCGAAGAUAUUGAGAGUUUGUUGCCGUUCCAAAAGGGUAUCGUACCAACGAAGGUUCUAUUUGGGCUUCUUCGAACAGCGAUGAUUUUGAAGGCGAACAAGUCUUGUAUCUCCAAAUUGGAGAAAAGGAUCGGAAUGCAACUUGACCAGGCUACAUUGGAAGAUUUAUUACUGCCAAAUUUUUCUUACUCGAUGGAGACGCUUUAUAAUGUUGAUUGCGUUCAAAGAAUUCUAGAGCAUUUCAUAGCCAUGGAUCAGGCUAAUAACGGGGAUGCAUCACCUAGUUUGAUCGAUGAUGAGCAGUUAAUGGGGUCGCCUUCGUUGGCUCCGAUUACCGCCGUAGCGAAGUUAAUAGACGGUUACCUUGCGGAAGUCGCACCUGAUGUGAAUCUGAAAUUACCAAAAUUUGAAGCUUUGGCCAUCGCAGUGCCUGAUUACGCCCGGCCUCUGGACGACGGACUCUAUCGUGCAAUUGAUAUAUACUUGAAGUCGCACUCGUGGCUCACGGAAUCCGAGAGAGAGCAGCUGUGCCGGCUAAUGGACUCUCAAAAGCUCUCUCUAGAAGCCUGCACUCACGCGGCUCAAAACGAGAGACUCCCGCUCCGCAUAGUAGUUCAAGUCCUCUUCUUCGAGCAACUUCAACUAAGGACCUCAAUCGCGGGAUGCUUGCUUGUUUCAGAUAAUCUCGACGGCUCGAGGCCCUUGAGGAGCGGCAUACCGUGCUCUGGGGAGGCUGGCGCAGGAGGGUGGGUGUCGGCUGUUCAGGAGAACCAAGUAUUGAGAGUGGGCAUGGACAAUAUGAGGAUGAGGGUUUCCGAGCUCGAAAAGGAGUGCUCGAACAUGAAGCAAGAGAUCGAGAAGCUGGGCCGCGGAAAGAGCGGCGGGUGGAAGGAAGUCCCUAAGAAGCUGCAUCUUCUGAGGAUCAAGUCACAGAUGUGCAGCGCGCAGGAGCCGGCGCUCUCAGUGAGUGAGCAGCAGCAGAAGAGCGUGAGCGAGAAGCUCGAGAAGCUGCAGGCGAAGAUCACAAAGCACAAGAAGCAACUGUCUGCAGAUUUGUGAAAAUUGAUACACGCUCCUGCUGCAACAGUAGUUCUGUAAGUCUAGUCUUCUCUUAUUAGUCUUUCUGCAAUCUUCUGUUUCUGCACUUUUACAUCAGAGUUCUGAAUGUCUCCAGCAUAUUUCUGUUUGAUGUUUUGCUACUUUAUGUUUAGUGCCAUACCGUCGUCUCUCGCA